CUAUUUUUUAACGAUAAUAAUAUAUUUUUUUGUUAUCAGUAUAAACAAACUUUUAAAGACUUAACAAACCAAACCGGUAAUUCUACGUCUAUAUAAAUGAUAAAAAACGGUUGUUUUUUGGCACUGCGUGCAACACAAUUCGCCCGUAGAUUUUGUAUUCAAAAUGAAUAAUAUUCGAAUUGUUGAAACUUUCCUUUAAAAUCUUGAUAUCCAUGUAAAUAGAUUUUUAAUACAUUUUUAUUAGUUAUUAAUAAAGUUAAAUGUUACAAACAUUUAUUGGUUAUGAAUUGUUAUUGGUUUAUAGUCAUAGAAUUUUUUAUUUUAAAAUAUGCAUUCUUAGUAUUUAAUAUAUAUAUAUUUCUGAAAGUUAUCUUUCAGAAACUGAAGAAAUAUUUGUUUUUUGUGUAAUUGUAUCAAUUUAAUACAUGUGGUUCUGUUCACUAUUCAUGGAUGAUACUAUUGUUGUUAAUGUAACGUCUUUAUUUGUUUUGAUUUCAAAGAACGUCGGUAGGGAUUCGUUGGAUUCUUGUUUUUGCUUUCAGAUGUCUGAGUUAGGUCGUGAGAUUUAAAGGUUGAUAUCCAUGAAUUUUAUCAAGGUCGAUCCCGACAAAUCAAAGUGAGAAAGUUGACAUUAUCACAUGAAAUAAAUUUUAACCAAAAUUCUACAGAAAUUUAUGAAUAAUAAUGAGUAAAUUUGUACUUGUAUCAGUAAAAAAAGAGUAAAAAAAAAAAAUGUACUUGUAUCAUUUGACAAGAAUGUGCGUUACUGUAUAGUCGUGUUACAUGAUUACAUUAUAAGGUUCCGUACAAUUUUAAAUGUCUUUUUUUUUUUUGCGGUUGGAUAUUUGAUUUCUUUCUCUUUUUGAAUUUCCUUUCAUUUAUACAGGUUUUUGUUGAUAAAUUUUAAAAGAUAACAUUAUUUUGUAGAAAAAUCUUUUUGAUAUUUUUCAAAUAACAAAUAAGAAGCUGUAUUAGUUUUUUCUUUGAUCUUUUUACUAAUAAACAGAGCUGAUAGCAUAUACUAAUUGUAUCACUUCAAUUCUACUUUAGAAAUACAAAACGAUAUGUUGUGAAUUUGGAGGACUAUAAAUAUAGUACUAGUAGAUUAUUAAUAAUCUCAAUUAAUUAACGGCAAGAAUCAAAUUAUUUAUUCAACUUAUGUUCCAAAGAAUCACAGCCGAGUAAAUGAAGUCAACCAAAUUACUAAGUCAAGAUUCCAAAACAAUAUAAACCGACCAAACCGUUGGGUUGCUAUAAAUAGAAAGCAUGGUUGCUUGCUUCCUCUGCAAAAACCUACCACUACUCUCUCUCUCUAAUAUCUUUUGUAGUCCUUAUUUCUCACUUCCAUAGCGUUAACACGGUGUCAUUCAAAUGGAUAAGCAUCUUAGGACCAAGCAAGCCAAGACCAACCCUACUGUAGCUUCAUCCUCGACUGAAGUGAGCAGUCUUGAGUGGGAAGCUGUGAACAUGAAUCAAGAAGAAGAAGAUUUGAUCUGUAGAAUGCAUAAGCUUGUCGGCAACAGAUGGGAGUUGAUAGCUGGGAGGAUCCCAGGAAGAACUGCAGAAGAAGUUGAGAGGUUUUGGGUCAUGAAGAAGAAAUGAAUUAUCUCUGAAGUUUCACUGACUAGGUUUUAAUUUACCAACUUUGUAAUAGGAUAUUUUCUUACGAGAAUUUACGAUCUUUUAGAUGUGUUUAGGAAGUUAUGUAGCGUCGCUUCUACUGUUCGUUUCGUUUCUCCCAAUAGUUUCGAAAAUUUCUUUAGUUUUUAUGUGUUUGGAUUGUU